ACGCCAAGGCGGAAUGUCACCUGGAGACAACGGUGGCGGCCGUUGGGGCGCCUGUGUGUGUUUGGCGAGAAGCGCUGAGGUGUGGGUGCCGGACGCAAGUGCAGCAGCCAAGCGUCGGGGCGAUGAAGGCGGAACGAGGAGGGAGGGGCUGCUAUAAAAAUAACUCAACGAGGCACACUUCAGCGAAGCGUCCCCGUCUGAGUAAGGGGACGAGAUGAGGCGCCCGAGGAUGGGAGGCGCCCGGCGCAAGAGGCAGCCACUGGUCGGCUCUUUUGCAAAGGCACGAGGAGACGGAGUAAUGUCGUUAUCCUCCCACCCCAACCCGCCUCGUGCACAUCUAGCGUCUCCCAUAAGGAAGGGCAGAGGAAAGGGACGAAGUUCUGCUGUCCAAAUUUGCAUCGCCGGCAUGGACGUCCGGUGAGCGGCUCCUCGUCUCCUCGGCAUGUCAGUAAAUCGGAGCGGGCUGAAUGGCUCAAGGCCGCAGGACCAGCUCACCUUGGACAGGCCCCCUUGGGUGGCUUCCACCUUGGCCGUGAUCCUUAUCUUCACCAUCGUGGUGGACCUGCUGGGCAACUUGACGGUGAUCGUCUCCGUGUAUAGGAACAAGAAGCUGAGGAACGCUGAAAAUGUUUUUGUGGUCAACUUAGCUAUUGCCGAUCUGAUCGUAGCUAUCUACCCAUAUCCUCUGGUCUUGACAUCUGUCUUUCAUAAUGGCUGGAACUUUGGAUAUAUACAAUGCCAACUCAGUGGAUUUCUUAUGGGCCUGAGCGUGAUUGGGUCUAUUUUCAACAUUACAGGCAUUGCUAUUAAUCGAUAUUGCUACAUCUGCCAUAGCCUCAAGUACAACAAGUUGUACAGUGUAAAGAAUUCUGUCUGCUAUGUCAUUCAAAUUUGGACUUUGACUUUUGUUGCCAUUGUGCCGAACUUUUUUGUUGGAUCCCUUCAGUAUGAUGCUAGGAUUUAUUCAUAUACUUUCUCCCAGUCAGUGAGCUCCACUUAUACCAUAGCAGUCGUCUUUUUUCAUUUCAUGCUUCCAAUAACCAUAGUAACAUUCUGUUACCUGAAAAUAUGGAUCCUCGUUUUCCAGGUACGGAGAAGAGUUAAACCUGACUACAAACCUAAACUAAAGCCACACGACUUCAGGAACUUUAUCACCAUGUUUGUAGUCUUUUUACUGUUUGCAAUCUGCUGGGCUCCAUUAAAUUUCAUCGGCCUUGUGGUGGCUAUCAGUCCAGAAACUAUAAUUUCCAAGAUUCCAGAGUGGUUGUUUAUUUCCAGCUACUACAUGGCAUACUUCAAUAGUUGCCUUAAUGCUAUCAUUUAUGGACUUCUAAAUCAGAAUUUCCAACGAGAAUAUAAACGAAUACUUAGGACAAUUUGUACAAGAAAAGUUUUCUUCCAGGACAGUUCUAAUGAUGCUCCAGACAGGAUAAAAAGCAAGUCUUCACUGCUCACACAAAACAAUUUAGUGAGGGUUGGCUCAGUAUGA